AUGAACAUGAGAACAUUCUACAAGAGUCUGUUGCUUUUACUGGGGUUUUUCUCAGUUCAAGCAAAAGCAGGAACAGAAGUGAACGUAGCAAGAUGGGGAACAGCCGCUCAGUCGACAUUAUUUUAUGACUGGUACACCCAAAAUGCUCUGGAUGGGUUGAGCUCCACCUGUAGUCAUACUACGACACACACCGAUCCGUGGUGGAAGCUGGACCUGAUGAAGAUGUACAGUGUGAACAGAGUGACCAUCACUAACAGACCUGACUGCUGUGAAAGCAGGAUAAACGGGGCAGAGAUUCGCGUUGGAAGUGUUUCUUCAGAUGUUUUCAGCAACCCAGUCUCAGAACAAAUAGACGGAGCAGAGAUUCGCAUCGGAAACUCUUUGGAGAACAAUGGCAACAACAAUCCCAUAUGUGCUGUAAUUUCUAGCAUUCCAGCUGGUUUUUCCUCCACCUACACAUGUAACAAUAUGGAUGGUCGAUAUGUGAGUCUGUUCAUUCCUGGAGAUUCAAGGAUUCUUACUCUGUGUGAGGUGGAGGUCUAUGGAAAAGGUCCUGUACUGAAGAAAACCUUUGUGAAGAUGAAUCUGAAAUCCAGUUCGAGUCUGUCUGAACCUGGAAUGAGAGUCCAGCUCCUGUCACAGCUUCAGCCUGCUUUGGUGGAACGAGGGUUUUCUGACGUGAUGCUGCAGUGGUCUCAACCACCCGAAAAGGAAGUGAUGCGGAAGGAAGCUGUGCCAAGUGAGUGUGCUCAAAUAAACACUGGAAAACUGAAAAGGAAUCUCAAUGUGCUAUAA